AUGGGAGCCACGAUCUUGAGUGACGGCGUGAUCCUGAGUGUCAGGGGAAGCAGCGGAUUGCUGUUGAAGGGUGAGAGACUGGAAGGAGACAGUACGUUGUUCACUUUCACGUUUCUUUUUACAACUGUUACACUCACAUUGACAUGUCUUCUCCUUGCCUUUACAUUUGACGCUACAUGGCGAAGGUUUGCAAUCGUAAGGCUCCCGGCCAUUAGUGCGCUUCCACACAAUUGGAAGACAUUCAUAGCAACUGUUGAAAUCUUUAGUACAUUCCACACAACACCAGGGACAACAAUUACAUACUUCAUAUCUUCGACAUCCAUUACUACACCUAGUACACGCAUCACCUGGCAAGUACGUCUUCCCUCCCAUCUUCCCCUCCCACUCCCCUCAACCUGCAGACAUGUCAAUCACUUGAGCAACGCACUCACCAACUGCAACACGUACCACUGCCGCUCCCAGUCCCCUCACCCUGCAAACAUAUCAAUCACUCAAGCAACGCACUCACCAACUGCAACACAUACUACUGCCGCUCCCAGUCCCCUCACCCUGCAAACAUAUCAAUCACUCAAGCAACGCACUCACCAACUGCAACACGUACCACUGCCGCUCCCAGUCCCCUCAACCUGCAAACUUAUCAAUCACUCAAGCAGCACUCACCUACUACAACACGUACCACUGCCGCUUCCAGUCCCCUCAACCUGCGAACAUGUCAAUCACCUAAGCAGCACUCACCAACUGCAACACUACCACUGCCGCUCCCACUCCCCUCAGCCUGCAAACUAUCAAUCACCUAGCAACGCACUCACCAACUACAACAUGACUUACUUAACCCUCACCCCUGUAUCCCCCAGCCCAGGCCACCGACACCCACGCUGCCCGGGAUACCACACCUCCGCCUAA